UCCUCCCACCUUCCUCCCAACCAAAUUGACCUCGCCGCGCCGCCUGCCGGGCCGCCGCAUCCUCCUCCCCGCUCCCGCGUUCGUCGCAAGGCGCCGCCGCCGCGGGUCUCCUCAAGCCACCACCGCACCGGUCCCCCCGCUUCGAACGACCGCGCCGCCGAACCCAUCUCCUGGCCUCUCUUCCACCGAGGCGCGGCAAAUUCCUGCCUCCUAGUCGUCGUCGGCGUCGGCGUCGUUAACAUCGUUAUCCUCGCUGGUGGUGCUGGACUUGCGUGGGCGGCAGAUCCACUCGAGCUCGGAUUGAUUUCGUCCUUUGCUGUAGUGCCAGUAACUGAACCAAAAACACUUUUAGGGAAGCUGGGAGAAUGGAUCAGCCUUGCAUGGCUGCUAUCAAUAGCCAACCUUUGGUGGCUGAUGUUGAGGUAGUGAAGAAAGCCAGUGGGGACAUGCCUGCAACAAUGGGAAGUGGAUGCUUCGACUGCAACAUCUGCCUUGAUUUUGCAGCAGAACCUGUGGUUACCCUCUGUGGUCACCUUUACUGCUGGCCUUGUAUCUAUGAGUGGCUGCGCCCUGGGAUGGAGUCAACUGCCAGUGACAACAGCAGCUCAGCAAGGCGGCAGUGCCCCGUAUGUAAGGCAACACUCUCCCCGGAUACACUAGUACCACUCUAUGGCCGUGGAGGGAGCUCAAAGAAAUCGCUGAAUGGCGUGUCCAUCCCGCGCCGUCCCAUGGUGCACCGGGAGACUGUUGAGCAUCAUAACACACAGAGCAAUGUCAAUGACCAGCACCACCACCAGAGCAUGGAAACCAACCCUCCGCACCAGCCAUUGCGGCACGAGCACUACCAUCCCAGUCCCACUGGGUUCGACUUCAUCUACCCUCCGGCACCACUAGGACGUGGCUUGAUCCACUCAACUGCCGGAGGGGUGCUCGGAGGGAUGGCAGAGGCUGUGCUCCCGUUGGUGCUCGGUGGCCAGCUUCCAGCAAGCAUGUACUAUACGAGCCCUUACCAUGUCGCGGCACAGAACGUGAAUCCCAGGCUAAGGCGGCAUCAGAUGGAGAUUGAGAGGUCCCUCCACCAGAUCUGGUUCUUCCUCUUCGUGUUCGUGGUGCUGUGCUUGCUCUUGUUCUGAGACAAGACUGUGACCUGGGCACCUCUCUGUAGAUAUCGAAAGUGGGAGAGAGGAUACUAAUGGAUGAUGCGUAUAGUGAAGAGGGUAAUGGGGUUGUGUCGAUAAGCAUGUGCGUAAGCAUGCUGAUAAUAGAGUUGUAUUAUGAUGAGACAUGGAGGUAAAAUGCAGAUUUCAUACUUCUCGUCUUCAUGUCAGCUGUUACUUUUUUUUUUUUGCUUGCUUGUCCGGCCUGUCACCAUCGGCUGGUUAGGUUGCCUACUUGACGUAUCGGCAUGUUAAGUUAGCAUCAUGUUGUUCAUUGGUUGGUGUCACUUCCAAGGGCAUUUGGAUCUGUAUAUAAAUAAAAAAUGAUGUUUGGCUACCAA